UGGGUAAUAUAGAAAUGGAAAAAGUGGAAAUGGGAAAAGUAGGUAAUAUAGAAAUGGGAGAAGUGGGUAAUAUAGAAACAGGAGAAGUGGGUAAUAUAGAGAUGGGAAAAGUGGAUAAUAUAGAAGUGGAAAAAGUGAAUAAUAUAGAAGUAGAAAAAUGGAUAAUAUAG